AUGAACCUGCACUCGAAUCAAGUGUACACUGGAAUCAACUGGGCUAAGAAAUAUAAGGCUCCAACGGAUUGGUGUAUAGCGAUCAAGUUGACCCAACUUCAAAUGAAGCGUUCACAAUACAUCAAGUACAUUUGCGCCGAUGACGAGCAAACCUUCCGACGAUGGCUGGUUGGUCUAAGAAUUGCAAAGAGUAUCCGUAUGAAAUUGAGUUCUGCUGUAUUGAAAUUGCAGCUUACUGAGAAUGGUGUCAACCUGAUGUCAAACUACGCUCGAGCAUGUGAACGUCGUCGAGAAGCACUGUCACAGCAGCCUGUCUGUGUGCCACCACCACGUGUUGCCACCAUCGUGUCGCAUCGUCUGCCUCGCAGCAGCCAAUUAGUUCGACACGAUCUCGGCUCCAACUAUUCCGAUCAUAGUGGAAAGGUGGGCCAUGUUUACCUCAUUUCCACACUUCUGAAUUUCUUUGUUCUAGCCAUUAAUUUGUGUUUCUUUGUUGCAUCCUCAAUGCAAUCACCAUCACAGGCUAGCCGACUUAGUGCUGUCUCGACUGAGCGUUGUAUCAGCGUAGCUAAUUCAACUGCCAUACAUUUCCAAGAGUACGAUGAGCAACCGACCGGUACGAUAAAACGCGCCUCCACUUGA